AUGGAAGACCAGGCGAUUAAAAUGGACUAUUUUUCACCAACUGGCUCCAGCAACGUGACGCAACAAAAACUAGAUGUAAUUCAAGAAGAUAAAAGUCCUCUAAAAGCUUUUGGUCAGGUCUUGCUUUGCAAAGUGUGCUCUGAUUCAAGCAGUGGCAAACACUAUGGCAUUUAUGCUUGCAAUGGCUGCAGCGGCUUCUUCAAACGUAGCGUUCGACGAAGACUCAUCUACAGGUGUCAGGCUGGGACAGGCAGAUGUCCCGUUGACAAAGCUCACCGGAACCAGUGCCAGGCUUGUCGACUAAAAAAGUGUCUCCAAGCUGGAAUGAACAAAGAUGCGGUGCAGAAUGAGCGUCAGCCUCGAAGCACAGCACAUAUUAGUUUUGACUCCAUAAAUAUGGAGGCAAAGAAAGAAGAUCUAGCUACCACACAGGGGCUCAUCACUUCUGACUGCUACUCAUCUGUUAGGUUUAGGCUUCCAGUAACAUUGUCUGCAACCGGUUCUGCAUCUAUACGGCCCCACAGCAACCAAAAUACCCACCGCUUUAUGGUGAGUCUACUGACUGCAGAGACUUGUACCAAGCUAGAUCCAGAGGAUGAUGAGGAAAAUAUUGAUGUAACGACAAACGAUGCAGAGAAUGACAGCUCUUCAUCAGACUGCAGUAGGCUCACAUACACCUCCAGCCCUUCAGAGAGCUUCUAUGAGACAUCAGCUCGACUCCUUUUCAUGUCUGUAAAGUGGGCAAAGAAUUUGGCAGUGUUUGCUCAAUUGCCAUUUCGAGACCAGGUUAUUCUUCUGGAGGAAGCUUGGAGUGAGAUGUUCCUUCUGUGUGCCAUCCAGAUGUCACUUCCAAUGGACAGAUGUUUAAUUAUGUCUCCAGAACUUUCUCCCUCUCAUGAAGCAAAGACCAAAAUUGCUUCUUCUGAGCUGCAGAUUCUUGAAGAUGUAUUCAAUCGUUUCAAGACUUUGGUUGUCGAUCCUACUGAAUUUGCAUGUCUGAAAGCAAUAGUUUUGUUCAAGCCAGAGACACGCAGCCUCAAAGACUCUGGACAGGUUGAAGAUCUACAGGACCAGUCUCACUUGUUAUUGGGUCAGCACAUUCAGUCGGUGUAUCCCAGUCAGGCUGCAAGGUUUGGGAGGCUCUUACUUCUGCUGCCGUCUCUCCGUUUUGUGAGUCCAAGUAAAAUCGAGCGGCUGUUCUUCCACAGCACAAUAGGCAACACACCCAUGGAGAAGCUGCUGUGUGAUAUGUUCAAAAACUGAACAAGCAUCAACAGAAGAUUCU